CCUGCUGCCCCCGGGGGCUGCAGCGCUAGACACUUCCUCCUUGUGCUGGCACGGCCGGGCAGCCGGCUCCCCCCCGCAGCCGCAGCCAGAGAAGACGCUCAGCUGCUGUGGAGCCGAGAGGAAGAGGCCUAGCACCCUCGCUGCGGUCUGAGCCAGGCUUUGGCGCAGUCCUAGCGAAGCAGAAAACCCGGCUUCCCGUGUGGAAAACGCUGAAGAAACCUCAUGCCGCCUUGGGCAGCUGAACUGCGGUGACAGGCAAGUGCUGAGGAACCUGGCACAGCCCUGUGCACCCGCUCUUGCUCGCCGGGCUUGGACCCCAGUGGGGGAGAGGGUAUGUGAGCACCGUGGGGGGCCAAGCUGCCUCCUUUCUCCCAUUCUUUAAUUCUCCCAAGUGUUGCGUCUGCCAAAGUCUGGAUGUGGGAAAGGCUCCGGUUGUUUCUGUGAUGCGACUUCAGAUCUCAGCGUGCAGGGGACCUGGACCCAGCUCACACGCUCGUCAGGCUGGACUGCCGCUGCGAGCCAGCUACCCAAAGUCAGUCACUGAACCUGAAGCAUCGCUUGGUUGCUUCUAGGAGGAUUGUGUGCGGGCUGCAUUUGUGGUGGUCACUCCUCGUCAGAUCCUGUAAAGCUAACUGCUGGAGCAUGGCAGUAAAGGGAUUUUGAACCCCGAGCUACCAUCAACCUUUUAAAAAGACACGUAAGAAACUGACCUUUCAAACUGGACAAACUACAUUUAAUCUGGAUACAUACCACAGAUUAAGGACAAUCCUUCCCUCUGCAAAGAAAAGGGAACUAGGGCUAUGUUGCUACUGGAGGAGGGGUAGAAUAUUAUUUGCAAGAGCAGCAGUUAUGGGCUGACCCAUAAGGAUGCUCCAGGACAGAGUGAAGCUAAUAGUAACUGGGGAUGACUUUGGCUAUUGCCCAAGGAGGAACCAAGGCAUUGUGGAGUGUUUUCUAGCUGGAGCAGUUUCCAACGUUUCUCUUCUGGUCAAUGGCAGUGCUGCAACAGAUGCAGCACAGCUGGCAAGGAGGCAUAACAUCCCAAUUGGCCUGCAUGCCAACCUCUCUGAGGGCUCCCCAGUCUGUGAAGUCCUCAAGAAGAACUCCUCUCUGCUCAACGAGGACGGGUUCUUCCAUGGAAAGAUGGGGUUCCGGAUGGCUCUAGCAAAAGGCCUCCUGAAGAUGUCAGAGGUGAAACAGGAGCUAAUGGCACAGCUUGACCUGUUCCGUGAACUGACGGGUCACAUACCACACCACAUGGAUGGACACCAGCAUGUCCAUGUUCUUCCAGAGGUCAGGCACGUGUUCGCUCAGGUAUUAGAAGAAUAUGGCAUCAAGUACACACGUGUGCCGAUAGAACCAGGCCUUCACAGCUGUGACUGGAUAGAGCCACCACUGAUGGAUUUUUAUCUGGGAGUAGAACAGGAUUCCUUUAACACGGUCAAUGUGUUUACAAGGCAUGGAAUAAGAUGGCCUGACAUUUACAUUGGUUUGAGUACCAUGGGCAAGAACAUGUCUAUCAAUAAUAUUCAGUGCGCCAUCAAUACUGUCCUAACAGCUUUCGCUGCCAAGAAAAACCCAUCUGCUGAUGCCAAGCCAUUUUCACAUCAAGAUGAACAAAGCAGAACAGUAACAAUUGAGCUGAUGGUACAUCCAGGGUACCCCAGCAUCCCUCCUGUUGGAGGUUGUGGAGAAGGACCAGAUGAUUUUUCACAGUCAUGGGAACGCUUGCACGAACUCCAGACUUUAAUGAAUCCUGAGUUACAAAGCUAUUACAAAACAAGAAACAUUGAGCUUUGUGCAUUUAAAGAUCUUUAAGCAAAUGAGAACAUACAGAUACGUUUGUACUUUGCAGACCUGUAGCUGACAGUGUAUUUAUUAGGAAGCUAGGCUAGUUAACACUGUUUGCAUGUACUAUCCUUGAAGGAUGAUGGGGGCUGCAAAUGGACUGGCUGCAACAUAAUUCAGUGAGAUCAGGAAUGCCUAGACUCUCCAAAACACCUUCUAGCAAUAUCACAGAGCAGAUAUCUCUGUCAGCUUUUCAAGCUGCUGCAGCCAGUUUGAAAGCAGUGGAUUUCUUUUGUGCACCCAGUUCAUUCUAUACCAAGAUUUGACCUGGAAACCAAAUUUCUGCAGCUAUUGUGACAAAUAGCACAAGCACCAUGUCUACACUUCCUGAAAGAUUGAGUGAACAAACAGGGAUUGGUUACAAUAAACAACAAGCCUGGAAAGCAAAAACCUGUGCAUGACACUGCUGACCUGAAGUAAAGGCCUGGUAACUUUGACAACUUCAGUUUGUAAAGUACUUACAUAUAUACAGAUUGCCCCAUUCUCUCUUCUCAUAGCAUCUGAUGAAGUAGGUUGUUGCCUGUGAAAGCUCAUGCAUCUCUGAACCAGAUAGUUCCUGAUUUUAGACUGACAGGGCUGUGCACCUUUCUGCAUUCUCCUUUCAUUCUUUUACUGACACUGCCCAACCCUUUCCAAUGCCUUCCAUGAUUAAAGAGAAGCUUUUUUUCAGACUAUUUCUUCCAUCAGAGUAAGUAGAUUGUUUUAUUAGGUUAUUGACACCCUCACUUGUACCAAAUAUAGGUAGAAUUACUGUUGCUUCUAUUUAAGUUGUCUCUUGGCAUUAAGCCUUCAAAAGUAACUUCAGGGAUAGCAUUGGAUAACUUUACAUGAACAGCAACUGUUGACUCAUCUGCUGUUUCACAGUACUUGUUCUCUGCAGCCGUCCCCAUUGAAUUUUCAUGAGCGAUUUGCCAGGAUGUCCACUUGCCAAACAGGAGGGGAGUCUGAGGUUUAGAGAAGGGAGAAGUAAAAAACAAAAUGAAGGAAAAAUUUGUGACAGCUAUGCAGGCAUUUGAAUUUCAACAGCAUGUACUACAGUCAAAGUUGCAUAGGGAUUUUAAAAAAUGUAACAAACUACUGGUCUGUGACCUUCUGAACAAUACUCCUUUACGUUUUGUAUUUUCUAUGGUUAGUUUCUGACAGAAUUAAAUAGUUUAAUUCUAGCCUGUUUUACUCAAUUGUUCCAUGACUUAUCAAAAAAUGCACUACUUUCAAGUCUGACCAUCUUCUUUCCUUUGUAAUUACUCAAACAUUCCAACAAGGCUUUGAUAUAUCAGGAAAUUUUAACCAUUUGGAAAAUAAUCUGUAGAAAAAACAAAGUUUACAAGUGUUUGCUCAGACUAUGGCUGCACACAUUUGGCUCUGAAAAGGCAAACUUUGGCUUCUGCUAACGCACUGGAAACGUCUAAUAACUAUGGAAAAAUAUGGAAUACUAACUUUUAUAUAUUAAGCAAGUCUCAGAUCGUUUCAUGAUAUUUUUGCCAACGCUCUGCCAAUACCACAGGUGUACAGUUUUCUGCCCCUGAUUCUAAUUACAGUCCCAAAUACAGCAACGAUGACCAUAACGGUUGACACAAAUUAACAAAAGGAACUAAUUUGUAGACUAUGAUUUCUCCAACUUAACUUUAUGGUAAAAGACUAGGCUUUCCUUUGGGCAGUAAAGUUUACAGGGUGUUCAUUGCAAUAAAGCUGCAUAAAAGAAUAGGAUUGGAGGACUGCAGCUGUCAAUAAGUGCAGGCCAGGUGGUAAAGCACUGUUAGAAGUUUGAGCACCACCUAGGGGUGGUGAUAUUUUUCAUAUGCAGUAACAUCCCUGAAGGCAAUGCAGAUUAUCUGAGACUGUAUCUCCAAUUUUAUAUAACGUGAGCUUGUUUUGCUAAAUAUUGCUUUUUUCUGUUUAAAUGAUCACUUAUUAUUCAAAGCUGUGAAGUUGCUUGAUCACAGUUAUCAAGACUUGCAUUACUUUUUCUACGUAUUGUACUUUUAUCUGUGUUCGUUUUCUGCUUCCUUUACACUAUGACUGAGCACUGUGAAAUCUGUGCGACUGUGGCCUUACAGUAAUUCAGUUUUAAACUGUGAACAUUAGUGUCCAUAUCUUUUUAAUAAACAGGACAAAGCCCAGGCUUUUAAAACCAAAUGAGAGUUUAAAGCAGAAGUGGGUAAAAUACUGCCCAUGGGCUGGAUCCAGCCUGUCAGUUGAAUUUAUCCAACCUGCAGAUAGGCAGCACAGGUGGCAGCACUGUCCAAGCCCUGGGCAAGCCACACUCAAGCCUCCACCUCUGCAGCUCUGGCUCUAGCCUCUGCUGGUGCCACAGGGGAUGCUGGGCAGAAGCAGCCUGUCUGCCUAGCACCAAAGGCCAGAGCUAGAGCUAUCACCCACUAGCAGAUGCAGGGGCUCAAGCAUGGUUUGCCCAGGGCCUGCCCCGUGGUGCCAUUUGGGUGUGUGGGAUUGCUUCUGUCCAGCAUCCCUUAUGGUGGCUGGGAGAAGCAGCUCCUUCAGGCCCUGGGUGAACCGCACUCAAUCCCUGGCCUCUGCUGGCAGGUGGUGCCCAAGGCUUGCACGACCAGACUGCAACUCCCAGGGGAUGAUGGGCAGAAGCAGCCCUGCCCACUUGGCAGUACAUGGCACCCCACCUGGCACUGUGUGCUGUGCUCCAAUUCUGGUGGCUCCAGCCAUUGGGUGGAUGGGCAGGGCUGCUUCUCCCCAGGAGCUCUCAGGGCCUGAGCAUGUCUUGUCCAUUCCCUGCCCGCAGGGGAUGGACUCUGGCUGUGGUCCUUCAUGCUGGCACAGCCUGCUCUGCCAUCAGUGGAAGCCACAGGGUCAGGGGUUGGGUGUGCACGUGUGCCAGGAGCCCUGAUGGUGAGGCAGGACAAUGUGGAGACCCAUAGCCAGGCUCCAUACCCCACCCCUCUAGCUGCAAACGUGGUUGGCAGGUGCUAGCUCUGAGCACUGGAAGAGGGGGAAGGGGCAGGUGGACUGGGGAGGGUGCGCAUGUAUGUGCAUACGCGGCCCUCAACAGCUCACCAAAGCUCCCUAAGUGGCCCUCCAGCCCAAGUAAUUGCCCACCCCUGGUUUGGAAACAUAAGUAAAGAACUACUUUGAGAUAAUUUAAGUACAGAAACUGCCUUAGCUGAACUACAUUUAUGUACUAAGGAAAUAAAGUGAACUCUUAAGAGCAAUAUAAUUUGAUAUUAAAGACACAUGCAAAACCACCAACUAUGAACUUCACUUUUAGAAAGUUUCUUUACAAACUCAGUCUCUGGAAAUAAACCAUGCCACAAAGCCUUUGAGAGCAUUUUUAUUAAGGGUAGCAGAAUGGAAUUGCAGAAAGCCUGUACCAAUACUCUUGGGCAUAUAGCUUCACUAGCACGUUGUAAUUUUGGGUCUUAAACUGCAUGUUUAGAAUGCAACUUGGCUUUGGGAACCAGACAGGACAACAGUUUGAAUUCCUGAGUUAACACAGGAAAGUCUUAGUACUUUUCAUUUUUCUAUUCAUACUUCCCAUACAGUACAUUGGUAUUUGGUCUGCAUCUUUUCCAAAGAGGGUCAUCUAUAAGUAAAAGCUACCAUUAGUGUCACACAUCUUAUGGUUUAGACACUGGACUAUGAAGAUAGCAAGAAGAGAAAUGAGGUUGAUAUUUUUCUUCCACUUGACCCCUAAACAUUAGAUUCAAAUGAAUGGCAUGACAUUGCUAUAGGCUGAUGUAACUUUGAACUGCAGCUCCUGGAAGUCCCCAAACUCCUCAGUUCCCUUUCAGUGAUAUCUAAGUGGCACUGAUUCACAUAAAUGCAGCAUUUAACCUGAGAGGUUUACAAUCAGAAGGUAUAUUCACUACCAUGUACAAACAAGGGUGACAAACAAGUGCUAUAGUUUUUAUAAAUAUAAAAGGAAAAGUUAGGGAAUGGCAAAUUUCCAUGCCAACAGAUGUGAUCAAUAGGAGAAACAGAACAGUGGCUCAUUUAGGUAUCUGAUGCAGAAGUUACACACACUUCAGUUUGACAGAUAAUUUGGCAAUUUUUUUAUUAUGAAUGUGAGUGAGCGUGAAUGAAACAAAAUCAGUAGCAACUAUCUGCAAAUGAAGACACAAAGAUGUGAAAAAUUUGGUAAUAGUG